AUGAAAAUCAACACUCUCUUCUCCCUUCUGCUCGCCACACUCUCCACGGGGGUGACCUCCACCCCGAUCCCCAACGCGGACCCCGAAUCUCAAGCCCACGGUUCCAUCCAAUCCAUCAACCUCGACACCAGAUCCGUGCACAAUGUCGACCCCCUCCGCAAGCUCCCGGACAUCCACACCCGGUCCCUCGACCUGCCGCUGGCCGAGCUAUUCAACCGCGAAGAUGGAACACCUCGAGACGACGACGACGACGAUGACACCCUCUAUACUCUGCUCACGCGGGACAUCACCCACGACGACGACGACGACGACGACGACAACAACAACGAGGAAGACGCGAUAACCAACCUAACCCCGCGCACCUCCUCCACCUCCGCCCAACAAACCAUCGAAGAAACCAGCACCUACCAGCUCUUCUCCAAGGUCCACAGCAGCAUGACCAAGGACAACUACUACGCCUUCACGGUCAAGUACACGACGGGCGACGGGCCGGGCGACGCCAGCCCCAAGGACGUGCUGGCGGAGGCGCAGCGGGACUACGGGUUCGACCACAUCGCCCUGGUGGUGGGGAAGGUCAGCGAGACCACCUCCAAAAAAAAGGUGAAGCGCGACUUCAUCGCCGUCCUGCACCACCUCAUCAUCACCGAGUACCCGGAGACCAUCUACCAGAAGCGCAACUGGAGUGGCGCCGGCGGCGGCAAGUCCGCCACCAAGAUCGAGUUCGUCAAGCAGACCGCCGCCAAGAAGGACGCGGCGCUGGCGGCCAAGGCCAAGGACUACUUCGCCCAGGCGGAGCAUCAGAAGUGGGUGGCCAAGACGAAUGAUUGUCUGACUUUUGUGAGGUAUUUGGAGGGGUAUCUUUGA